CGCAUUACACGGCACUAUACCAUCUCAUUCUGUCCCAUACUUUAUCGGUUUCCUGAUAGGUACCCUCCAUCUUUUUUCUAUUAUUUUUAUCUUUAUUUCUUUCUUGUUUAUUUAUUUUCUUGCUCCUCUGUCUGUCUUUCUUCAUCCUCUCUUUUUCCCUCCCUCCCUUCCUUCCGUCUUUAGAGAAGGUGGGAUCAGGAAGAUGGUGGGGCCGGAGCGGCCGCUAUUCGUUCUAUUCGGUUCCUCGAUCGUCCAGUUCAGCUUCAGCAACGAGGGAUGGGGAUCUAUCCUCGCCGACAUCUACUCCCGCAAGGCGGAUAUUUUCCUGCGAGGAUAUGCUGGUUGGAACACAAGACGUGCUCUCCAAGUGAUUGACAAAAUCUUUCCCAAGGAUGCAGCCGUGCAACCUUCAUUGGUAAUAGUUUACUUUGGCGGCAAUGACUCAAUGGCACCUCACCCAUCUGGCCUGGGUCCUCAUGUACCACUUCCAGAAUAUAUUGAAAACAUGAGUAGGAUUGCAAAACACCUCAAGAGUCUAUCUGAAAAAACACGCAUUAUUUUCCUCAGUUGCCCUCCAAUCAGUGAGGAAAUGCUUCACCAGUCAACAAGUCCCAUUCUAAGACAAGUAGCGCGGACAAAUGAGACCUGCCGAAAAUAUUCUGAAGCUUGUAUACAACUGUGCAAGGAUAUGGACCUGAAGGUUAUUGAUCUUUGGACUGCCAUACAGAAGCGAGAUGACUGGGCUACUGUCUGCUUUAC